UUCUGUUUUUGUAUUUGUUUUGUUCAUAAUAAUAAUAUUGGCGCGUUCUAGCACGUAGUUGCAUAUUUUCGCCUACUCUAUGACGUGCACGUGUGUAUUAACUCAAUUCGCCCUUUCACUCCUAAACAACGCAAUUUUUAAAACUUUGGCACAGGCUAAAAUUUACAAAACUUAGUCCACUCUGUUCGUAACAGGUUUUAGUUUUGGGAAUAUACAAUUAUUGUUUUGACAAUAGAAAACGGUAUUAUUAGCAUAAUUAGAACAUUUGCAUAAUAUCGGCCAAAUCCAUCUCGCGCCAUCCUUUCCCACUGAGCUUCCUGUCAUCACCAUAUUCGGUAGUGAGUGGAAACGCUAACCGGAUGCUUCAAACGUAUACAUCCGGUGAAAUAUCUAGCAAAUGUUUAUCGUAGGUUUUCUUCUUUAAAUUUGUAUUUGUCGGAUUGCAACAAACUGAAAGCUUGUUAGCUACUGAUUUUAUAUUGGUAAAUCAAGCUUGACAGGCGGCAAGGAUGAGCAACGAGACACCACAACCCGUUUUGGCAGAUUCUACCAGCCAGCCACGAAGGAGGUCAAUGCGGUUGAGCUCUCCAAAUGAAAAUGUCCCCAACUCUGCUCCUACAGAUGCCGUAAAACGCCGCAUCACUGUGAGGAAGAUUGCACCCAGGAAAACACAAGUCAAUGUCCCCUCCGAGGAACACACAGAAAAUGAACAAAGAUUGCUUGAAGGCAGUCGGAAGAAGUCACAAAUCUAUACCCCAGGACCUGCCCAGGUCCCUCCGCCAAAAGCCACCAUGCUCUCCCCGAUCUUGGCCCCCUCACCACCCUGUCCACAGGCUGCAGCAAACCCAGAAGACUCAGCAUGGUCACAAAAGGUGCGGAGGUCCUAUACCCGCCUAAGCCUAGGGGACCCUUCGUUUGAAAGUCACCAGGCCGUGUACUCCCCAUCUCCUCAGCGUCGGGAGACCCUGUUUGGAUUUGAGAAGCUUCAGACACCUCAGGUUCUCCGCAAGGUGGAGCAGUUCAGGGUGGGCCCUGAAGCCUCCAGGUCUCUCUGUGGAGUCAGCUCCUUCACCCUGCUGGAAGUGGACAACAGUGCUGCCGCUGCUCCCGACCCAGAGCCAGAUGUCAACAUCCCUGGUGUCGCUGUGGUAAAGGAGAAGAAGAGGAGUAAGAAGGUUCCUCAAAUAAAACUGGCAGAGCUGGAUGACCUUGCGGCAAAGAUGAAUGCAGAGUUUGAAGAGGCAGAAGGAUUUGAGUUGUUGGUGGAAUAAACUCAUGGGUCAUCGACAAAGACUUUGACAUGUGACUAGAAAGACUUGUUGCCAAUACUGGAGAACGUUAAUGUUUUUAAUUUCAUUAUUGAUUUACAAAGACAAUGAAGAGUUAAGGUUUUAUUUGCAUGAAAAGGCCGCCUAUGGGAAACCAACAGGAUUAAUUUACAAGACAGAAAUGUUGAUUUUUAUUUUAUUUUUUUCCAGUUGGAAAUGUCAGAUUGGUAUCAUCAACAGUGUAUCUCAAGAAAUAAUUCUAGCUUCAAGGAUGUUCCUGUCACUUUGAAAUGUUGAUAGUUAUUUGUUUUUUGAAAUUACAACUUCAUUAUGUCACUGGGACAUACAUUUGUGUUGAUGAGCACCCUUUAUAUUUAAAAUGAUUUGCUAAAUCAUUGUUGGAUUACAGGUGUGUUUUAACCGAUCACAUUUUGUUCCCUAGAGGUUGCGCUCACCCUCUCAUUGUGGCUUCUUCCAUCACUGUUAUUUUCUUUUGUGUAAAUGUAAUUAGUUUCUUUAUUCCACUCAUAGAUGAUAGUUUAGAUGUUAGUGAUUAAGACUUUUAUCUGAUCACUACUCCAUAUCAAUUGGAAACGCGUUCUUAUUGGCUGACCAUGUCCGUUACUGACUCAAGUCUAUCAUAUGGUUGAAGACGUCUCUUUGCUUUGUUUCGUUUUUUUUGUAAGAAGUAAUGUUGCUUUUUAGAAUUGUUCUGCUAUCAUGAAUAUAAUAAAUAGUUUGUUAUUCUGUGUAA